GAAGAAAUGUGAGGGACCUUCUGGGAAGAAAUUGGGUGUAAAGCUUCAAACCAGGGAUCCAGGGUGAGCUCUGCUUCUGCUUCUAGGGUGGGAGGGGUAAAAUCCUGGUGUGGGGUUCCCUACUGAGUCUGAGGGAGGCAGUGGGGUCUCCCUUUCUGUUUUGUUAGGGUCUUCAAGAAGUCCAGCCCUAACUGCAAGGCUAUAGCCUGUUUAUUCAAGAGCCCCUGAGGAGACCUAGUGAGGCUGCCAGCUGCUAACCAGCUGGUCCAGCAGUCCUCUCUGAGGACACACACACUCAACUGGUGAGUCAGGUGUGAAAAGCAUUAAGGGAGCAGCUAAAAAACCUAAAUUUGGUUGGGUGGUCUGGAAAAACCCCAUCACCCUUACCUAUUGGGAGAAUCUCCUUUCCCAUAGUCCACUCUGGAGAGCCCAAAAGGAGAUAGCCACUUACGAGGGCUCUGAUCUCUGGUCACCAUCCUCCCCAAUCUUCCCUGUUAACUUUUGACAUCCUCAGCUCACCGUGUACUUGGGCAAGCGGGAUUUUGUAGAUCACCUGGACAAAGUGGAUCCUGUAGAUGGUGUGGUGCUGGUGGAUCCUGACUACUUGAAGGACCGAAAAGUGUUUGUGACCCUUACCUGCGCCUUCCGCUAUGGCCGAGAAGACCUGGAUGUGCUGGGCUUGUCCUUCCGCAAAGACCUGUUCAUCGCCACCUACCAGGCCUUCCCCCCAAUGCCCAACCCACCCCGGCCCCCUACCCGCCUGCAGGAUCGGUUGCUGAGGAAACUGGGCCAGCAUGCCCACCCCUUUUUUUUCACAAUACCCCAGAAUCUGCCCUGUUCAGUUACAUUGCAGCCAGGACCAGAGGACACAGGAAAGGCCUGUGGGGUAGACUUUGAGAUUCGAGCCUUCUGUGCCAAAUCACUAGAAGAGAAAAGCCACAAAAGGAACUCUGUCCGUCUGGUGAUCCGAAAGGUGCAGUUUGCCCCAGAGAAGCCCGGCCCCCAACCUUCAGCGGAAACCACUCGCCACUUCCUCAUGUCUGACCGCUCCUUGCACCUGGAGGCCUCCCUAGACAAGGAGCUGUACUACCAUGGGGAGCCCCUCAAUGUCAAUGUCCAUGUCACCAACAACUCCGCCAAGACUGUCAAGAAGAUCAGAGUAUCUGUGAGACAGUAUGCCGACAUCUGCCUCUUCAGCACUGCACAGUACAAAUGUCCUGUGGCACAGCUUGAGCAAGAUGACCAGGUAUCUCCCAGUUCCACAUUCUGUAAGGUGUACACCAUAACCCCGCUGCUCAGCGACAACCGGGAGAAGCGUGGCCUUGCGCUGGAUGGGAAGCUCAAGCAUGAAGACACCAACCUGGCUUCCAGCACCAUUGUGAAGGAGGGUGCCAAUAAGGAGGUGCUGGGGAUCCUGGUGUCCUAUAGGGUCAAAGUGAAGUUGGUGGUGUCUCGAGGCGGGGAUGUCUCAGUGGAGCUACCUUUUGUUCUUAUGCACCCCAAGCCCCAUGACCACAUCACCCUCCCCAGACCCCAGACAGUGCCUGCCCACCCACCCUCUUCCCUUCCCCCAGCCGCUCCAGAGACAGAUGUCCCUGUGGAUACCAACCUCAUUGAAUUCGACACCAACUAUGCCACGGAUGAUGACAUUGUGUUUGAGGACUUUGCCCGGCUUCGGCUGAAGGGGAUGAAGGAUGACGACUAUGAUGACCAGUUCUGCUAGGAAGGGGGGCUGGAAGAAGGGAGAAGAUGGUGCUGGGAGAGGUAGGGGCAGGACCAAGAUCCCACUGUGAGAGGGGUGGGGAGGUGUCCCAUUUUUUUCCCUCCUUCCGCUCCAUCCAGCAGGUUCCUCAACCAACCCCUCAACUCCCUCUCUCCCCAAGAUACACACUGGACUCAUUGCUUGUUCAAAGUGGGCAUUAAUCUUUUGACUACAUACAGCUGUUUAUCCACACACACACAUAGAGUGGGCAGGCUGGGUUUACACCUAAAUGUUUUACAGGGGGCCACUGAAAACAAGGACAGUAGGAAAGUUGGGGGAGAAAGAACUCCCAUAUUCAGCCUCAUGCCAGCACACCCCUCCUUGUCACCAUCUGCCUGCUAUUCCUUCACCAUGAGACCCUGUGAGGAAAGGCCAUUUCUUUGUUUCUGAACAUGAAGAAAAUAAACCUUUUAAUAGGUAUGAGUG